CUUCUCCGCCGGUGACCCGUCACCUUCUCCGCCGGUUCCCCACCCAGAAAACCACUCCCCCACCCACCUCUCUCUCGCUCUCUCUCUCUAACGCGCUACUUCUCUCUACUUUCUCUCUCUAACCUUCUAUCUACUUUCUCUCACUAAACUGCUUUUCCGAAGCUCCUUCCUCUCACGUUUUGUAGUAACUAGCAAGUCAUAUCACUCUCUCUCUCUCUCUCUCUCUAUUUAUAACCCUCUCCGUGUCUCUCUCUUUCACUGGUUUUGUUUCUCUCUCUACUUUCUCUCUCUAGAGGUGGAGAUGAGACUGUUCUCGUGGGGGUGAGGCGGCUAUAGUUAUCCAUGGCGUUCCACAAUCAGCUCUCGCAAGAGCUCGCGCUUCAGCAUUUCUCCGACCACCACUUGGGAGGAGAGAACACUUCGGUUCUACGAACUAUACUUCCCGACCACCAUCAUCUGCCGCACUCGUCGUCGGACGCCGCAGCGAAGCCGCCGGACCACCACCACCACCAGCCGCCGCCUCAUCCGCAGCUCGGCGCCGGGCCCACCUGGCUCAACAACGCGAUUCUCCGGCAGCAGGGCCAGUACGGCGACUCGAAUUUCCUUAACUUGCACACCACGUCUGACUCCGCGGCCUCGCAGGCCUCGAACCAAUGGCUCUCGAGGUCGAUUCUUCAGAGGAACGCCAGCGACGUCGGCGCCAGUGCCGGCGACGACGUGCCGGGAUCGGCGGACUCGAUGAUCGCCGCGGCCGCCACAAUAUCUCACGAAUCGACGGAUUUGAACAACCACAACAACAAUAGCAAUAGCAAUAACAACCAUAAUAAUGAUAGUAUGACGAUUGCCAAUCACCCGAGCAAGGUGAAAAAUAAUGGAGCGGAGAGCGAGGUCGGUGGCGGAGGCAGCGGCGGAGGAGGAGGCGGAGGCGGCGACGGAGUGUUGAAUUGGCAGAAUGCAAGGUACAAGGCGGAAAUCUUGAGUCAUCCAUUGUACGAACAGUUGCUAUCGGCGCAUGUGGCGUGCUUGCGCAUCGCGACGCCGGUGGAUCAGUUGCCGCGGAUCGAUGCGCAGCUUGCGCAGUCCCAGCACGUUGUUGCCAAGUAUUCGGCACUCGGACAUGGGAAUCAGCCGAUGGUUGGUGAGGAUAAAGAGCUCGAUCAGUUCAUGACACAUUAUGUUUUGUUGCUUUGUUCCUUUAAAGAGCAACUGCAACAGCAUGUCCGUGUUCAUGCAAUGGAAGCAGUAAUGGCUUGUUGGGAAAUUGAACAAUCAUUACAAAGCUUAACAGGAGUUUCUCCAGGCGAAGGCACAGGUGCAACAAUGUCUGAUGAUGAUGACGACCAGGUAGAUAGCGAAACGAACUUGUUUGAUGGAAGCCUAGAUGGUCCUGACAGCAUGGGAUUUGGUCCUCUCAUCCCAACGGAAAGUGAGAGGUCUUUAAUGGAGCGUGUAAGACAAGAGCUGAAACAUGAACUGAAACAGGGUUACAAGGAGAAAAUAGUGGACAUUAGGGAGGAAAUUUUGCGAAAGAGGAGAGCAGGAAAACUCCCUGGUGACACUACCUCCGUCUUAAAGGCUUGGUGGCAGUCACAUGCCAAGUGGCCAUACCCAACGGAGGAAGACAAAGCAAGAUUGGUACAGGAAACAGGCUUGCAAUUGAAGCAAAUUAAUAAUUGGUUCAUAAAUCAGAGAAAGAGGAAUUGGCAUAGUAAUCCUUCGACCUCUACAGUCCUCAAGAGCAAACGCAAAAGAGUCGUUAUCAUCAUCAUCAUCAUCAUCAUCAUCAUCUCCACUUGGAGGAGCAGAGCUAAUGUCCAUGAGAUCAUUUCCUUUAGAUGAUUUUGCAUGAUAUUGUUCUAUAUGAGUGACCCUUUUUUCAAGUGAUGUGACCUUUUCUUUAAUAUUCUAAAGUCCAGUGCGUACUUCUGAUGAAAAGUUGGAGAAAUCCUUUUGAAAGGAUAAGAACCAUGAAGGUGUUUCUAGAGAUGAGCCAAGGUCCUGUGUAGAAGAGGAGUGUGUUGCUGUUGAUACUGGUGCAGAGGCUGAGGUUGAUGCUGAAGCUGAGGCUGUUGCAGAGGCAGGUGGUGCAUGUGUAGUCCUUCCUGUUUUCAAAUACCAUCCUGAUCUUCCCUUGUCAUACCCCAUUUGCUUAAGGGAAGUUUCAUUAAAAAGAUCAUAUCGAGUCCUUUUUAUGAAAAACUCAUAGAUAUUGGUAAUAUUAAGAUGAGUAAAAAGAAGAGUAAGAAUUCCUCUGUAAGGAAGAAUGACUCGAUUGGAUUCCAA